UCAGCUUCCGCCUGCUGUUUCCCCAGUGGUGAGUCUGCAGAUGUCGGCUCCUUCUGGUCUGCUCCUCCCCUGUCUUCUAACUUCCCUCCUGAGACAGAGGGGAAGAACGCUAACUUAACAAAACCCGAGAAUGCUAAGGUUGCCCCUCUCACUUCCUCUCACCCUUAGCCCAGAACGGCUUUGAAUCUGGUAAUUGCUGUGGGGCAACCUUUGGGAAAAAGGAGAGCAGUGCCUCUGCCCUGCCAAGCAGACAGGGCAAGUCAUGUUUUCUCACAGCGGCGGCUGGGGAGAGGAAAUGCCAGGAUGACGCCCUGCUCAAGCCUGGCUGCGAUUCUGAUCCCAGCCAUGGCCUUCUUCACCUGCCUGAGACCGGAGCGCUGGGAUCCCUGUGUGGAGGUGCUUCCUAACAUCACGUAUGACUGCAUGGAGCAGAAUCUUCACAAUAUCCCUUACAGCCUUCCCUCCUCCACUGAGAACCUGGACCUGAGCUUCAACCCCCUGAAGAUCUUAAGCAGUAAUUGCUUCUCCAGUUUCCCAGAACUACAAGUGUUGGAUUUAUCCAGGUGUGAAAUUACAAUGAUAGAAGAUGAUGCUUUUCAGGACUUAAUCCAACUCUCUACCUUGAUAUUGACUGGCAACCCUAUACACAGUUUAGCUCUGGGAGGCUUUUCUGGACUAUCGAGUUUACAGAAGCUGGUGGUUGUGGAGAUAAACCUGGCUUCUCUGGAGAGCUUUCCUAUUGGGCAUCUCAGAAGUUUAAAGCACCUCAAUAUGGCUCACAAUCUUCUUCAUUCUUUCAAGUUACCUGAAUAUUUUUCUAAUCUGACCAACCUGGAAUACUUGGACCUUUCCAACAACAAGAUCCAAAGUAUUCAUCAUAAAGACUUGAAGGUUCUGCAUGAAAAUCCCCAACUCAAUCUUUCUUUAGACCUGUCUCUGAACCCCAUUGACUUUAUCCAACCUGGUGUCUUUCAAGAAAUCAGGCUCCACGAACUAACACUAAGAAGUAAUUUUAACAGUACAGAUGUAAUGACAAGUUGUAUUCAAAGUCUACUGGGAUUAGAAGUGCACAGGUUAAUCCUAGGGGAAUUUAAAAAUGAAAGGAAUAUAGAAAGGUUUGACAGAUCUGUCCUGGAGGGAUUGUGUAGUGUGAGCAUUAAUGAAUUCCGGUUAACUUAUGUAGAUCAGUUUUCAGGAAAAGUCACUGACUUGGUAAAUUGUUUAGCGAAUAUUUCUGCAAUGUCCAUGGUAAGUCUGUAUAUAAGUGAUGACAAUUUUUAUAAUGAUUUCAAAUGGCAAUCAUUAGAAUUCAUUAACUGUGAUUUUAAAACCUUCCCCUUUCUGGCACUCCCCUUUCUCAAAAGUUUGAUUUUCACUGCCAACAGAGGUGCAACCAGUUUUGUAGAUGUGGAACUACCAAACCUUGUCUUCCUAGAUAUCAGUAGAAACAGCUUGAGUUUUGAAAGCUGCUGUUCUCAUAAACAUCUGGGAACAACCAGACUGAAGUAUUUAGAUCUCAGCUACAAUGGCGUUGUGACUAUGAGUUCAAACUUCCUGGGGUUAGAGCAACUGGAGUAUCUGGAUUUUCAGCAUUCUACUUUGAAAAAGAUGAGUGAAUUCUCUGUGUUUUUAUCCCUCAGCAAACUCCUUUACCUUGACAUCUCUCAUACUCACAUCCGGGUUGACUUCAAUGGCAUCUUUGAUGGCCUGAUCAGUCUCAAAGUUUUAAAAAUGGCUGGCAACUCUUUUAAGGAUAACACUCUUUCAAAUACCUUCACCAAUAUGACGAGCUUGAUAUUUCUGGACCUCUCUGAAUGUCGCCUAGAACAGGUGUCCCAGGGAGCAUUUGCCACACUCUCUAGACUUCAGGUUCUAAAUAUGAGUCACAACAACCUCUUGGUGUUGAAUACACUUCAUUAUAAACCUCUCCAGUGUCUCCAGCUUCUGGAUUACAGUUUCAACCACAUAGAAACCAUCAAAGGGGAGGAACUUCGACAUUUUCCAUGGAGUCAGGCUCGCUUAAAUCUUACACAGAAUGACUUUGCCUGUACUUGUGAAUACCAGAGCUUCCUGCAGUGGGUCAAGGACAAGAGGCAGCUCCUGGUGGAAGCUGAACAAAUGAAGUGUGUAAAAUCACUAGAAAUGAAGGGAAGACCUGUGUUGAGUUUCAGGAAUGCCACCUGUGAAAUCAACAAGGGCAUCAUCAGCAUGUCAGUGAUCAGCGUGGUUCUUGUAUUCAUUAUGGUGUUUCUUGGCUACAAGUUUUACUUUCACCUGAUGCUUUUAGCUGGCUGUAAAAAGUAUGCUCAAGGGGAAAGCAUCUAUGAUGCCUUUGUUAUCUAUUCAAGCCAUGAUGAGGACUGGGUGAGGAAUGAGUUGGUAAAGAACCUAGAGGAAGGGGUGCCCCCAUUUCAGCUAUGCCUCCACUACAGAGACUUUAUCCCUGGUGUGGCCAUCGCUGCCAACAUCAUCCAAGAGGGCUUCCACAAAAGCCGAAAAGUCAUUGUGGUGGUAUCUCAGCACUUUAUCCAAAGCCGCUGGUGCAUUUUUGAAUAUGAGAUCGCUCAGACUUGGCAGUUUCUGAGCAGCCGCUCUGGCAUCAUCUUCAUCAUCCUGGAGAAGGUGGAGAAAGCCCUGCUGAGGCAGCAGGUGGAGCUGUACCGCCUUCUCAGCAGGAACACGUACCUGGAGUGGGAGGACAAUGCCCUGGGGAGGCAUAUCUUCUGGAGAAGACUAAGGACAGCUCUGCUGAAUGGAAAAUCAUGGGAUCCAGAAAGGACGGCUGAGUUACAAAACAACCAACAAGAAGCAACAACUUGUACCUGAGAAAGAAAUAGUUCCCCAGGCCCUUUAGCCCAGCACUCAUUCCGUUAGUAAGUACUAAAUGCUACAACAUUCCUGUGGGUAUGCUUUGGAGAGUGAUUUGUGGUGCACAGGAUACACCAGACUGGUAAUCUUAUGGAUCUUACAGUGAGAUGGAAUAAAUACUAUGCUCAAAAUAUGAACUUUCCAAUGUGUUUCAACAACCCAGCCAAAGGGUCCCAAUUGAGGAAGUCUGUCUAAGUAUCCUUCCUCAUCAAAUUGAAUGUAAACUAAGAGGGUGAGCCCUGGUAAGAUUAGAAAGAUGUUCUUUUCUUCAGCCGUUUUUUUUCUAGUGUGUGUGUGUGCAUGUAUGUGUGUGUACAUGUUCAUGUGUACAAGUAUAGGAAUUCACCUGUCAUUGUUGUACAUUUGACAGUCAGAAGAUAAGGGUGGGUGUCAGGUCUUUCCUUCCACAUUGGAGGAGGCAGGGUCUCUUGUAUUCAUUGUUGCUCGUUGCUAUAUUUUCUGUUCUAGAUGACCACAGGCUUCCUGAAAAUACUCCUGCCUCUCUGCCUUCCUUCCUUCCAAUGGUGCAGUGGAAUUACAGAUGCCUUCCAAAGCAUCAGGCUUUUUGUGUAUAAUAUAUGUAUGCAUGUGUGUAUGUAUGUAUGUAUGUAUGUAUGUAUGUAUUUAUUUAUUUAUUUAUAAUGGAGGAGAGGGAGAGAAUGGGUGUUCUAGGGCCUCUAGUUACUGAAAAUGACCUCCAGACACAUGUGCCACCUUGUGCAUCUGGCCUACAUGGAUGCUAGGGCAUCAAAUGUGGAUCCUUAUACUUCUCAGGCAAAUUUCUUAGUCAAUAAGCCAUCUUUCCAGCCCAGCAUCAAGCUUUUAGCUGAGUGUCAGAGAUCCAGAUGCAGAUAUAACUAGUAAUUUAUCCACUGAGCCCUUAAGUUUUUUCAAAAGGAAACUACAUUAAAAGUUGUGUUUUAUCAACCUUAAAAGAGUUGGGGGGUUCAGCUCGCUUGUAAAGCCUAAUAACCCAGGUUGAUUCCCCAGUACCCAUAUAAGCCAGAUGUGCAAGGUGGUAUAUGUGUGUGGAGUCUGUUUGCAAUAGCUGGAGGCUUUGAAUCUCUCUCUCUCUCUCCCUGUAUAAGUAAGUAAAUAAAUAAAAUAAAUAAAUAAUCAAAUAGUUAAAUUAUUUUAAGAGUCUUGGCACUUUAACUGAGUGAAUGUUUGUUUCCUUUCCCUUUCCUACUGAAUGCAUAUGAAUUCCACCUGAUCUCUCAGAGCACUCCCAAUUCAGGAUCCACCUCCCAUUUUAAGUCAUUUAUUCUUUGUAAUCAGUUCCUCAGGAAACCCAUA